AUGUCUAAAUACCUCAGAGGGAACAUACACUUCUAACACUCUGCACAACGAACAAGAAACACAGAGAGAAUGAGGUGGAAAUACAGCCUACCUCGGAGCAGCUUAUGAGUGCAAGGAACUGGCAGAGGCUCAGCAUGAAUUAAAAGAGAGCUAAGAAGAUGGAGAGCACCCUUUGCUGUGAGCCCAGGCUCUCUGCUAUGGAUACCAGCAGGGGACUCUUAUUUCUCCUUCUCUACGUUUUAAUAGGCAUCCCUCAGACUUUCCAGCAAGUGCUAAGGAUCGGAGGAAUAUUUGAAACUGUGGAAAAUGAACCUGUUAAUGUUGAAGAAUUAGCUUUCAAGUUUGCAGUCACCAACAUUAACAGAAACAGAACACUGAUGCCUAAUACCACAUUAACCUACGACAUCCAGAGAAUUAAUCUCUUUGAUAGUUUUGAAGCUUCAAGACGAGCAUGUGACCAGCUUGCGCUUGGUGUAGCUGCACUGUUUGGACCCUCCCACAGUUCCUCGGUCAGUGCAGUACAGUCUAUUUGCAAUGCUCUUGAAGUUCCACAUAUACAGACCCGAUGGAAGCACCCUACAGUGGAUAACAAAGAUACAUUUUAUAUCAACCUUUACCCAGACUAUGCAGCCAUCAGUAGGGCAAUUUUGGAUUUGGUACUAUAUUACAACUGGAAAAUAGUGACAGUAGUAUAUGAAGACAGUACAGGUCUAAUUCGCCUGCAAGAGCUCAUCAAAGCCCCUUCUAGAUAUAACAUUAAAAUCAAAAUCCGUCAGUUGCCCUCUGGGAAUAAAGAUGCCAGGCCUUUACUCAAGGAGAUGAAGAAAGGCAAGGAGUUCUAUGUGAUAUUUGAUUGCUCACAUGAAACAGCAGCAGAAAUCCUUAAACAGAUUCUUUCCAUGGGAAUGAUGACUGAAUACUAUCACUACUUUUUUACAACACUGGAUCUAUUUGCAUUAGAUCUGGAACCCUACAAAUACAGUGGAGUAAACAUGACUGGGUUUCGCUUGCUCAACAUUGACAAUCCACAGGUUACAUCAGUUAUUGAAAAGUGGUCGAUGGAACGGCUGCAGGCACCGCCCAAACCAGAAACUGGCCUCCUGGAUGGUAUGAUGACAACGGAAGCAGCUCUGAUGUAUGAUGCUGUUUACAUGGUAGCAGUGGCCUCCCAGCGUGCCUCCCAAAUGACUGUCAGCUCCCUACAGUGCCACAGACACAAGCCAUGGCGUUUUGGACCCAGAUUUAUGAAUCUGAUAAAAGAGGCAAGUUGGGAUGGUUUGACCGGGCGCAUUACCUUCAACAAAACAGACGGCUUAAGAAAGGAUUUUGAUUUGGACAUUAUUAGUCUCAAGGAAGAAGGAACAGAAAAGAUUGGGGUUUGGAACUCAAAUAGUGGCCUUAAUAUGACUGACAGCAAUAAAGACAGAUCUACCAAUAUCACCGAUUCACUGGCUAACCGAACACUCAUAGUCACUACCAUUUUGGAAGAUCCCUAUGUUAUGUACAAAAAGUCUGAUAAGCCCUUGUAUGGAAAUGACAGAUUCGAAGGAUAUUGCCUGGAUUUGUUGAAGGAACUGUCAAAUAUUUUAGGCUUCAUUUAUGAGGUCAAACUAGUUUCUGAUGGUAAAUAUGGAGCCCAAAACGACAAAGGAGAGUGGAAUGGGAUGGUCAAAGAACUCAUAGAUCAUAAAGCUGAUCUGGCAGUUGCUCCUCUCACUAUCACCUACGUAAGGGAGAAAGUAAUUGACUUUUCAAAACCCUUCAUGACGCUUGGGAUCAGUAUUUUGUACCGGAAACCCAAUGGCACAAAUCCUGGUGUUUUCUCCUUUCUCAACCCUCUUUCUCCUGAUAUUUGGAUGUAUGUCCUCCUAGCCUGCCUUGGAGUCAGUUGUGUACUCUUUGUAAUUGCAAGGUUUACACCCUAUGAGUGGUAUAACCCCCACCCGUGCAACCCUGAUUCAGAUGUGGUGGAAAACAAUUUUACUUUACUAAAUAGUUUCUGGUUUGGAGUUGGAGCUCUCAUGCAGCAAGGAUCAGAGCUGAUGCCUAAAGCUCUUUCUACCAGAAUAGUUGGAGGAAUAUGGUGGUUUUUCACCUUAAUCAUAAUCUCAUCCUACACUGCCAACUUGGCUGCCUUCCUGACAGUUGAGAGAAUGGAAUCCCCCAUUGAUUCAGCAGAUGAUUUGGCAAAGCAAACCAAGAUAGAAUAUGGGGCUGUUAGAGAUGGAUCAACAAUGACCUUCUUCAAGAAAUCCAAAAUAUCAACAUAUGAAAAAAUGUGGGCAUUCAUGAGCAGCAGACAGCAGACCGCGCUGGUGAAGAACAAUGAUGAGGGAAUCCAGCGGGUGCUCACAACGGACUAUGCCUUGCUGAUGGAAUCAACCAGCAUAGAAUACGUGACUCAGAGAAACUGCAAUCUCACGCAGAUCGGCGGACUCAUUGAUUCUAAAGGCUAUGGCGUGGGAACUCCUAUUGGGUCUCCUUAUAGAGACAAAAUUACCAUUGCCAUUCUCCAGCUACAGGAAGAGGGGAAACUGCACAUGAUGAAAGAAAAGUGGUGGCGGGGCAAUGGGUGCCCUGAGGAGGACAGCAAAGAGGCCAGUGCUCUGGGGGUUGAGAAUAUUGGGGGCAUCUUUAUAGUGCUUGCUGCCGGACUUGUUCUUUCAGUGUUCGUAGCCAUUGGAGAAUUUAUAUAUAAAUCCAGGAAAAAUAGCGAUAUUGAACAGUGUCUUUCUUUUAAUGCUAUAAUGGAGGAGCUUGGGAUUUCACUCAAGCAUCAGAAGAAGUUAAAGAAAAGGUCAAGAACUAAAGGGAGAUCAUCGUUCACAAGUAUCCUUACUUGUCAUCAGAGGCGGACACUGAGGAAAGAAACCAUGGCUUAAAACAAACAAACAAACAAAACCCUCUUGAGAAACAUCAGGAAUAAAAAACAAAACAAAAAAAAUUUGCUGCCUACAAAACUGACUAUGAAGGAAUUUCUGAAAAUAGACAUUUAACUUGUUCUUCAGAAAUUAUGUGAGGUUUCUUUUUACCUAGAGAAUGUAUCGCAGUUUAAAUGCUCAUAUAGACUGAUAUACAACUAAUCAGAAAAGUGUCUCACCGUAUCUUUCGAAAGGAAUUUGUAUGCCGACCUGUUUUGCAUCUCUGUUCCCUCCCCAUACA